CUAUGUUCUGCAUACAUGGUAUGGCUCAGUGAGUUCAAUGGAGAACCCUUGCAUCCAAUUCCUUUCCUGUUUCUUGCAGGGAAGAGUGUUGAAAUUAUAAAUAAGGAUGCCUCACGGGAGAAGACUAAGGAGGUAGAUGAACUGUCAAGUGGAAGCCAAAGGGAAAACAGAGCAAUAGGCCUUAUGCAAAAUUCAAAUAAACUCCAGCAAGGGGUUCAUAUGCACGGGCAAGUUUUUCAGAUACAAGGAAACAAACUUGUGCAAUAUGGGUUGUCUGUAAAAUGGCGGAUGGAUGGUGGCAGUGAAGAUUCUGGGAUGCUGCUGGGACAAUCUGUGGAUUCCAAACAGGACCAAAAAGAAGCACGUGUGGUGGCAAAUGAAACCAACUCUAGUUAUAUAAUGGAUGAAGAAUCUGAUGGCAAUUUAGAGGACAGUGCCAUGUUAAAUGAACCAUCUGCGCAUCUGUGCGUACUGCGUAAAAGAUCUGCAGAAUAUGGACAAGUGGCACUUGAGGAUAGAAUCUCCAAAGAAUGGGAUUCUUCCAGGUUAACCAAGAGUCAAAGAUUACUGUUAUUCCAGGUUUUUGAAACAUCAUUACCUAAAAAAUAGAAGGAUUGCCUGUCAACCUUAUCGGUGAUCUCUCAAUUUUUGAGCUUCACAAAUUUAUUCGUUAUGUACUGUUCUAGUUAUGGAGCUGUUCUUGCCAGGAUAAAAGUAUAUUUGUUACUCCUGAUCGGUUAUUUUGUGCUUUUCAUCUGCUAGUUUGUAGUCAAGGCAGAAGUACAAUUUUGAUUGCGUUAAAGUUGGUAGGUUGGCAUGCAUCAAUCUUUAACCUGAUGGUUGGUGAUUAUGGAUAAUGUGUGUUAAUG